ACGUUCCCUAGCCAAAGCCCUAAUCAGUUUGGUUCUACACCGCCAUCAUCAUCAUCAUCAUCAUCGGCAUGGGGAGAAGAAGAAAGGGCUCGUGGCCACGAGAGCCAGUCCUCGAAGGGAACACGGCAUAAAGCUCAAUACCAAGACGAACAAGCUCGUGUACUCCACGCCUCUCUUCGCCAUGUGACUAGGUUGGGUUGGACUGAAGCAGCCAUGAUUGCAGGUGCGAGGGAGGUUGGUGUAUCCCCCUCUAUCGUGGGAUCUUUUCAUCGAAAAGAAGCUGCUCUAGUAGAGUUUUUCAUGGAUGAGUGUUUACAAAGGCUUACUGAUAUAAUUGACUCCGAAGAGGAUUUAAGAAACUUGAUACCUAGUGAGUGCAUUGCAAAACUUGUCAGAACUCGCUUGGAAAUGCAGGCUCCCUACAUAUCAAAGUGGCCUCAAGCUCUUAGCAUCCAGGCACAUCCGUUCAAUGUCCCAACAAGCUUUAAGCAGCGGGCCAUGCUGGUUGAUGAAAUCUGGCAUGCCGCUGGUGUUGAGUCCACUGAUGUUGAUUGGUAUGUGAAGCGCACUGUCCUUGGCGGCAUAUACUCCACAACUGAGGUGUACAUGCUGACUGAUAGUUCCCCAGGUUGGAAGAAUUUUCUUCAGUUGAUCCUCUGCUCGCUGUUUGUUGUUUCUUCUCUUCUUACUCUCCUCUCUGGAUAUGCUUCACCGUAGAAUAAUAUGUUGAAGCCGUGGCCAAUUUUUGUUAGACUGAGAAGAUAUGGGCCCAUUUUAUAUUCAUGUGAAGGUGAAGGAUGAUUUGUCAUUGUCGCAUUUUCUUCUGCAGAUUUUCGUGAUACGUGGGCGU